UGCGACUUGAGCCUGCACCAAAACGAUUUUAUUUUUAUAUUUUUAUUUUAUCCAUCAUUUUUAAUUUAUUUUAUCGUAUCUUAAUUUAUGAAUCAUAAUCGAUCGAUUCGGGAAUUCGGGACACUUUUAUUCGCGUAGAUCCCGAAAAUUCCACUGGUUGCCUCAAUUUAGCUUCCUGUCCGAAUUUCGAAGGCAGAGCGUGAAUUUUGCUUGCUGCUGAAUUUCGUCUGGCCGAGUUUUGACCGCGUCGACCGAUGACGUCAUGGCUUCGUUAGAAUUCUCCCUUCUCCUCGUGGCUCUCCUGGCCGUCGUCUCCCGGAUCAAUGGCUAUGACGGUAGCUACGAGGAGGAAGUGGACGCCGAGCACGACGCCGUGCAGUUCCCCAAGGAGACGAUGAACACGGCGCAGGCCAAAGCGGAGUAUGACCAGUUGGUCAUGUACUCGCAGAUCCCCACCUACGGAUCCUGCUGGAGUGAGGCGCUGGAGAAUCUCCACCAUAACUGCAAGAAAUUAACGGAGGGCGUGCAGAAGCAGCUGGCGUUUGAUUUUGCCAGCUGCUUCCUGAAGAAGACAGGUGCGGAUAAAGUAAAAUGCCUACCGGAACAGGAUUUGUCGGAAUGCGCCGCGAAUCACAGUCAGAAUUUCUUCACAUCGUUCGUGCAUUUUUUCACCAAUACGCAGAGUGUCUGUUUCCACAUUUCAUCGGAGAUUUGGCAGAAAAGAGCGGAACGACAGGUUCUCCGUUUGAUGGACGCGUCGCACGUGGUAACGGGCCGACUGGAGGAGGCGCGCACGGUGCAGACGCUGCUGCUGGAACAGCAGAAGAGCGCGCUGGGCAAUGCCGAAGAGAUCCGCCUGUGGAUUGGCAACAUCGCCGACAAGAUUGCGCAUCUGCAGAACGUCUUCAUCGACGAGUUCACCGGCUUCUACUCGCUUAUCUUCUACUUCGUCUCCACCGCGGCGUGUUUUAUCUUGACCGCCACCCGACGCACAUCAGGCGCCCGGUUCUGGAUCUUCCUGCUGCUGGUCGCCACCUUCGGCUUGGAGCGUUUCUACACCAAAACCAAACUCGCCGCCCUGGAAGGCCUGGCCAGCUCCGACACCAUCAACCGCGAACUGUCCGCCGACGCGUGGAUGAUCCGGCGCAUGUUCUGGAUCAUCGCCGCGGCCAUUUUAGUCUACUUCGCCUACGCCUUCGUCGACAUCAACCAGAUCAACACCGAGAUGAUCCGCGAGAUUCGCGCCAUGCUGGAACGCGGCAUGCCGGUGUCCUUGCCGGGAUUAAAUCAUUUAAACGGAGACAUUCCGGCCGGGAAUGGCGGGGUUAAGGAGAGCCUGAUGGGGUUCGCGCAGAAGGGACGGGAUGUGUUCGACGGGGUGCGGGAGAAAUUGGGACGCCGGCCGUUGAGCGAGUACGAUACCGUCAGUCCGCGGCGCAGUGUCACGCCGGCCCGGGAGCGGAGUAUGGCCAACGGGCCCCGCACGAAUGGCCACAAUCUUCCGCCGCUGGCCGAAUCCGACCGCGAGGACUCCCCGGUCCGCGAGGGCUCCUUCGACAGCCGGCGCACCAGCCGCGAGACCACGCCCCUCCGCUCCCCCGCCCCCUACAACCUCCGCUCCGCCUCCCUGGCCACUUCCCCCGCGGCCAACGCCAGCGCCCAACGCCACGUCCGCUCGCGGUCGCUGAGCCGGGAACCCACGCCGGAGCGCAACCACCUGGAUCUGGUUGAUCUGAAGAAACGUCUGGAAGCCAGCGGGACGCGCAACGGCCUGGCCACCGUGCACGAGGAGAACGGACAGGAUUCCGACUGAACGGAUUAACCGGCAGUGUUUAUUAGUCAUUUUGCGGCAGUCAGGGUUUGUUUGUUGUUUUGGCGGGUGGAGAUCUGGAAUGAUUGAUGCCGGAUUGAGCGGGGAUUUUUUUUCGCUGGGUGACGUCCGUUUUCCCCGAAUUUUUAUACUUUUUAGUGCCAAUUUUUCUGUGCCUUAAUGUGUUUUUUUUAAAUAAGUACUGGAUAAUGCUUUUUGGGUGAAUAAUGCGCUUGAAAUAAACUGU